AUGCAAUCCCUCUCAGCCCCUGCCCAUAGACAGAAUGUCCCCUGGCAAGGGCUCUUGCUGGCAGUCUCAAUCUUAACCUUCUGGAACUCGCUCACCACUGCCAAAGUCACUAUUGUAUCGGUGCCGCCCGAAGUUACUCCAGGAGAGAAUGUUACUCUAGUUGUCCAAAAUCUACCUAGGAAUGUUAUAGGCUAUACCUGGUACAAAGGCUAUGGACCAGCUCGCAAACAAAAAAUUGCAUAUUAUGAUACAAACAGAAAAGUAAUGACCCCAGGGCCUGCAUUCACUGGUCGAGAGACAGUAUACCCCAAUGGAUCCAUGCUGUUUCAGAAAGUCACCGUGGAGUACACAGGAAACUACACGGUGUUUGUCAUAAAGAGACGUCUGCGAUAUGAAGUAGCAAUUGGACAGCUCCACGUAUACUGGAAGCCUGUGUCAAAGCCCUCCAUUAGAGUCACCAUAAUACAUAAAAAUACCAGAUAA